CCGGAUUCUCUUACCUAGGUACCUUGCGAUCAGGACGUAGCAAGGCGCACUAGCAUCAUCCUAGCCUUCAGCCCCCACCAUACACCCAUAGCGAGACCACAUAUCCUCAUUCAAUAUGAAAUACAGCGGCCUUUAUUUCAUCUCCAACCCGGGAGCAUCCCUGGAUGCUUCGCUCAACACCGUUCGCUCCAUCGUUGACGGCAUCGAGUCCAACAUGCGAACGGCGACACAGCAAGCCAAGUGGACGCUUAACCAUCGGCUCCUCCGAUCCACCGUACCUCCUCCCUCGAAGCAGAAUGGCGACGACGCCAGACCACCACAGCCCCCUUCUUCGCAGCACCAGUACUCGUACCAGCAUCUCCUCACCCUUUCGUAUCUGAGCCAGAAUCGAACAUACAACUACAUCCACACACCACCUUUGCAGAAUUCGCAGAACCCUGGCGCCUCUCAAGACGCGCCGGCAGGCUCCUCGACGGGGACAGACAUGGCAAUACCUUCGCAGCAAGCGGACACCCAUUAUGAUCUUCUCGUGACUCAGUGGGCACAGCUCUGGACUCCGCGACGGGUGCUUGAUCUGCCCAACGGAAUCACGUACACGGUCAGCAACUUCACCAUAUACGUUGGCGAACUGCGAGCUCAGCGCCAGGGGCCACAGUCCUCAGGGGUUCUCUCGCCCGGUGUUGUCGUCUGCAUAUCUACCACAGCCGGCGACCCUGUAUGGGACGACGAGUCGGGCGUAGAUGACUCCACAUUCCCAGCGGCGAACGACGAUGGAUUCGACUACGGGGAUUACGAUCUAAGUUCUGCUCGGGAUAUGAUCAGAGAGGUUUGGAGGAUCAUCAGGGAAGGCAAAGAUUUCGGCAAAGCCGAGAUUCGCGAGUCCUUCAUGGACGAGAAAGACUUCUGUGCUGGCAAGGAGAGAGCGCGUGAGGCGGAGGUGCGGAUGUGGUGUGAGGCGUUGAGGCAGAGGGGGUGAGUUCCAAGCACAUGACUUGGAGCACACUCGUCCUUCACUCUUCCCUCGAGUUUUGGUGCGUUAUUGAUU